AUGAAGUUCUUCACGCCUCUCCUGGCAGCAGCCACAUUCCUUCUGCAAACCGCGUCGGCCGGGUCGGUUUUCGCACACGUCGUGGUUGGGAAUACAGCUUCUCAUAAUGUCGCAGCAUGGACCGCUGAUAUCAAGCUUGCACAAGCCGCCAGCAUCGAUGCGUUCGUCCUCAACAUGGGCUACCCAGACUCCAACAUCCCCACGCAGGUUGCCAAUGCGUUCGCCGCGGCGGCGGGGACUGGUUUCAAACUGUUCUUUGCGUUUGACUAUCUGGGGGGUGGGCAGGUGUGGCCUGCUGGCGACGUUGCAGCUGAUCCUCCAAAUUCCGUGGUGUCGUAUUUGUUAAAGUACAAGGACAAUGCGGCAUACUUCCACUACAACAGCGCACCGUUCGUCUCGACUUUCGAGGGGAAGGAUAAUACCGCAGACUGGGCGCCAGGUGGACUUAUUCGGUCAAAGGUUGGGGCAAUUCAUUUCGUGCCCAAUUGGAACAGUAUUGGACAGGCGGACAUUGGAGCCCAGCUUGACAAUAUCGAGGGCUUCUUCAGCUGGGAUAUGUGGCCCUUAGGAGGAACGAAUAAGACGGAUGCGAUUGAUAAGAGCUGGAAGGCUGCUACGCCGGGAAAGACGUACAUGAUGGGUGUUUCUCCCUGGUUCUUCCACAGUGCCAGUGGAGGUGAGGAUUGGGUCUGGCGAGGUGAUUCCCUCUGGGCCGAUAGAUGGGCUCAAACCUUAGACAUCAAGCCCGACUUUGUACAAAUCGUAACUUGGAACGACUUUGGUGAAGCCCACUACAUAGGCCCCAUAUCCAACACGGCCGACGUAGCAGCCGGCUCCCUCGAGUACGUGCAAAACAUGCCGCACGACUCCUGGCGCGACUUCCUCCCCUACUACAUCGCCGCCUACAAAGGCACGCCCCUCAUUCCCACGCGGGACCAAAUGCAAUACUGGUACCGCACAGCCCCCGUCAACACCGGCAGCACAUGUGGCGUCGUAGGCAAUUCUGCCUCCAACGGCCAAGCGACCACGACUCCCAACCAGAUCUUGGAAGACGGGGUGUUUUUCAGCGCCUUGUUGGUGAGUGCUGCGCAGGUGCAAGUGCAGAUUGGGAGCGGGCAGGCGGUGACGUUCCAGGGCUCGGCGGGCAUAAAUCAUUGGAGCGUGCCGUUUGAUGGGCAGACUGGGACGCCGAAGUUUAGCGUUUUGAGGGCGGGGGUUGUGGUGAAUAGUGGGACUGGGGCGGCAAUUACUGCUGGUACAAGUUUAGCGGAUGGGUGUGCUAAUUAUAAUGCUUGGGUUGGGAGUUUUUGA